AAAGAGAGAGAGAGAGGGAGAGAGGGGGUGAGAGGACUCGGAUCUCUCGGGGAGUGGACCAUGGCGGCUGCCACGAGCAGCAACGCAUCCACGGCCACGCUUCAGAUCGAGCUGACGCGGAAACGCAUCGACCCGCGGAGGAGGCAAGCGGCGCUGUCCUUCCUCAGCAACAUUUCCCUGGACGGGCGGCCCGUGCAGGACGACGAUGCGGACCAUCGGAGCGAGGGGGAGAACUCGCCGGAAGCGCGGACUACCAGACACAGCCCGGUGGCUCCGGAGCGCACGGCCACGGUGCCCACUGCGCCCACCGCGGCCACCACGGCCGCCCAGGCGCUGGCUUACGCCAACCAGGCUCUCCUGGCGGGCAGCCGGACCAGUUUGGGGACCGGUCCGGGUCUUGGUCCGGCUCCGGCCCCGGUCCAGGACGCGGAGGGCGACGCUUUCCUGCCCCCGACGUUCAACUCCUCGCCUUUCUCCGCCGUGCCGGUGGCGACCAGAGGGAGGCUGCAGACCUACACUCAGGGAGUCCUACCCGCCCCUUACUCCAGGCAGUUCUCCCCCUCCAGCUACCUGGAGGGCGCACAGAUAGAGCAGCAGAGGUCAAGACGAAGGCUCAUCUCUCAGCGUUCUUCUCUUGAAACUCUGGAGGACAUUGAGGAAAAUGCUCCUCUCCGCAGAUGCCGAACCCUUUCAGGUUCACCCCGACCAAAGAGCUUUAAGAAGAUCCACUUCAUUAAGAACAUGAGGCAACACGAUAUGCGCAAUGGAAGGAUAGUCCUUAUCAGUGGCAGAAGAUCCUUCUAUAGUGUAUUUUCUGUCCUGCCCUAUCGAGAUUGUAGCCAAGCAGGGUAUGUAUACUACAGCAUGCCAAACUCUGUAACUCCGCCCGACCUAUGCUCCCUCUUUCUCUUUGUUUUUUCAUCCAUCUUCUUUUCUGUGGGCACGCUCUCUUUGAAGUUAUGGUGGAUGGACAUUCACCUUAUUAGUUUGAUAAAAAAGUGAGCUAAUAUUGGCUUUAAAAGCUUUGUUUUGUGUACACGUAGACAUUGUAGCCUAAUGCUUGUCGCCUGUAUUGCCUUUUCUAUAUAGACUCUGGUGGCUUUUGGGCGCUCAUACUUUUUGUCCAUAUCUUUUUUGUGUGGUGCAAUUAUCGUUGGCUUUGUUGUUCCGUUUACAUCUUUCCUGGGAGAGUACUGGUUUUAGCUUUUCAGAUUAUUAACCCCCGUAAAAAAAGCUAUUGUGUUAUUAACUAGUUUAAUUCCUGAUGGUGCUGGCAAGGUUUCCGUUGCAUGCUCCCAUCCUGACUUGGUGUUAACUUUUUUAUUUCUUUUCUUUUCUCAUUAAUAUCUGCCAUAACUCUAGAUGAUGCUCAUUUCCUUCCCUUUGGUCAAGCAGACCCACCUGGGUUGCAUCUCGACAAAGUGUAGUGUGGAAUUGGUUCCAACAUACUCUGGGUCUCAUGAAACAGUGUGUUUUAAAGGAUGAAAAGGGAACAGAUAAACACAAGAUAAUGAAAGAGAACGAAAAGUUCCAUACCGAAAUUCUGAGUAGCUUGAGAGACAGUAGAUUUUUUUUAAGGCAGCCUGUCACUGUAGAGCAAGGAUUAACAAACCUGCCUGCCGUCCAAUAAGCGACUGGCUGUUAACGCCUGCUUAUUGACAGUUUGUGGUUAGAUUUCAGUUGAUUCACCGAAGUGCUACAAUUGCAACAUCACCAAGUUUUGUUUUCUAUUCUGUGCUGCAUUUCCUUUUUUAAAUUAUUUUUACAGUAACAGUAACUCCAUGUUGAGCACAUUAUUAUUAUUAUUAUUAUUCCAAAUAAUCUUCAAGUAGAAUUAGAUUCUCACAUUUUUCUCAGAGGUUAUCAUAUCAAAUUAAAGGGGAUUUACUUUGCAAUUUUUAGGGGGAAAAUGUGUGCUUGGUCAGCUCAGAUACAGGCAAGAAAGGACAAAGGGUUUGUCAUUGAUGUUUAGAUCUAAUAUAUGCAUAUAUGCUUUUUCCCCACAAAGAAACUAAUGUAACACUAUAAAUUUGAAGAUUUCAACAUAAUAAAGAUUCACCUGUUAUUAUUUUUUUUUUAAUCUAAUCUCUUAGAUUUUAGAGGCAUUGAUUAAUAGAUGUUUAUUCUUUUGGUUAUUUGUUACUGUAUAAGGGAGCUUUAAUAGCUAUAGCAGCCGAUUUUGGGUGGAGUUUUCAUGUUCUCACUGUGACUGGCUCUCCUCCCUUUAUCUGACUUUAACAGACAUCCACAUUAGAGUCCAACCUUGAGCACCUUCCACUGCCUUGGCUGUUACCUAAGUGGUAAAAAGCUGACUGCAUAUUUUCUCACAGGAAUUAAUAAAGUAAAACUUUCGAGCUUUUAGGAGUAGUUUAACGGGUGGAGUUGGGCAAAGAGGAAAAUUGGAGGCUGGAAAAGUGCUCAGCACUGGCCAGCAUUCUUUUAGCAGUAUUGAUAUUAAUUCUUUAUUUGCCUUAGGCCCCAUUUGGAAGCAUUUUGCAAUGCAUGCCCAGCAUUUUGCACAGUCUCAAAAACCACUAACAUAUUAAAUUUUAAAGGUUCUGAUCCAUGCAUGUCACUAACCACUUCUAGCUUUUCCUUUCAUUUCUCUGUGAUCUCAGCAGAAGUGCCGCCUUCUCACUUUCUGAAUGGCUUCAUAGACAAACUUCCUUUCCCUAGAAAGCCUCCCAUCUGUUUUGCUUCCUUCCUGUUUUGUUUCAUUUAAUUUGCGCUGCUCUUUAAGACGUCUGCUGCCCGGGGAUCUCCGUGCCUAUGAUGCAUUUGUCAACAUUGUGUCCUGACGUGCCUGCCUGCAAGAUAACAUGCUUUUCAUUAGAACAGAUUGGCCGCUCAUGUCAUCAAAACACUGUCAGAGUCAUGUGAGGACUCGCUGUGCUUUUUUUUCCCCAAUGCAUCUGUACACAGUUUUACACAGAAAGCGCGGCUGAGCCGGGAGAGAUAACGGGAGCUGCAGGAAAACAACACACUCUCUGCCUUUGCUGUCAUUCUGAAUUGUCCCUUUACUGCAUUGACAUCAGAUUAAAUAGAUAUGACACAAACAAUGAUAUCUUUGUUAGAAAUCCAGCUCGUAUUUAUUUCUGAAUAGUACUUUAUAGUUUGGCAGAUACAUCUGAGGUUCCAUAAAAAAUUCCUGGAUGGGAUUCACCAGUCAGCGACGGGUGCCUUAUUCAAUAUGACAGGCUGUCAGAUGUCAAUUGAUUUUUAGCUGUAGGGCACUCAAGUUAGUUUUAAUGUAAUUUUCAUAAACCAAAAAUAAAUGUGGGCUGCUCAAAACUGCUCUGUUUGCUCUACUGACACACUUUGGUCUCCAGCCAUCCAUUUUUUUUGCUUCAGGAGAACGUUAGGCUUUUUGCAUAUCUCCCCCUGGAGUAUGGCAUUUCAGGCACUGGGGAGGCCGUACCUGAUUUUCAGGAGAUUGGCCUACAAACGUGAAAAUCUCCUCCCCUCCCUCCCACCUCCCAAGGGCCUGCCUUAUUUCCGAAUGCCCUGAGAUCCGCCAAAAGACGCAAGCAAUUAUAGAAACUAGGUCAGCUAAUGAGCAUGGAUCGAUACGUGGUCUACAUUUGUAGAGUUUGCACCAUGCGGAGUGCUAGGAUAAGGGCAAGCAGAGCUACAGAUGAGGGGUGGGGGUUCAAAGAAGCUGCAGUGCAGUGCGCUUGGUGAGAGCUCUAAAAGUCUUGUGCUCAAUAGGGAAGUGAAGGUGGAAGGGCGUCAGCGUCACCCGUCAGGAGGUGUAAGUGCCAAGGAGAUGGUGAUUGGGCUCGAGGGAGUGGAGUUAGGAGCAGACGGAAAGACUGUGUCCUACACCCAGUUCCUGUAUCCCACCAAUGUCCUGGGUGGUCGAAGAAACACCAUCGACUCGGUUUCAUCCUUCUCUCAGUCUCGCAACGCGAGCCACCGCAGUCUCAGUUUGGGCCGAGCCAACAGCAACCAGAGCAGCUUAGACACAGGGAAUGAUUUUGGGGACUUUCGCGAGUACGACCCCAAUAUACUGGAUGACCCACAAUGGCCUUGUGGAAAACACAAGAGAGUCCUCAUCUUCCCUUCUUACAUGACCACGGUCAUCGAAUACGUCAAACCCUUUGACCUCAAAAAGGACAUGAACGAAACCUUCAAGGAGAAAUUUCCCCACAUAAGACUCACUCUCAGCAAGAUACGCAGCUUGAAAAGGGAGAUAAGAAAACUGGCCCAGGAUGAAUGUGGGUAUGAGGAACCGACCGUGGCCAUGGCUUUUGUCUACUUUGAAAAACUUGUUCUUCAAGGCAAACUAAACAAACAGAACCGCAAACUCUGUGCUGGCGCUUGUGUUCUUCUGGCCGCCAAGAUUGGCGGUGAUCUCAAGAAACACGAGGUCAAGCAUCUUAUAGACAAACUGGAGGAGAGGUUCAGAGUGAACCGCCGAGAGCUGAUAGCCUUUGAGUUUCCUGUCCUGGUGGCACUGGAGUUCAACCUGCACCUCCCGGAACACGAGAUCAUGCCGCACUACAGACGCCUGCUGCAGGCCUCUUAGCAUUCAAGAACCAUCAGGAGUUCCCCCUCCUGAUCCUACAGUAUCCAUCCUCCCAACAUCUCUGUCACUGAGCUGCAGCCAUUCAUCACAACAUUUGCUCUCACAGAACUGUUGUCAGCCAAAGGGACACAUUUUUAAAGACACUUCCUUCCUCUUUUUUCUUUUUUUUUUUACUUCUGCAUUCAUUGUCACUAUGUGAACUUCUUAGAGGAGGGUCAAAUUGUCUGCAAACAAGCUGAUUUUUUACCAGUUUGCAUGUCAGCAUCUCUUCUCAUCUCCAUCAUAUAGUGUAUUUCUCUUGUUGAUUAAGAGAUUUUUUUUUCAGUUUGAAUCUACUUUUUAAACAUUGCUCAUUUUUAUCUAGUCUUUUCAUGAAUCUCCUCUUUGUAAAAAAAUUGGUAUGAUUGGUUACCUUUUGACCUGCAUAAGAUUUUAACAAAUGCUUUUGAAGUAGCAGGUUUUGGCUGGACUGUUAUUCCUCGAGGUGUCUCAUACUUUUGCAACUCAUUGUCUUAAAAGUGCACUUUGCGUGGUGCAACACAUCGGGGGUUGAAACUUUUUAUUAAGAAGCUUGGGAACUAAUUGAAAAAAAUCUGCUGUGUUCAUAAGCACCUCACAUGUUAUUUAAUGGCGCUUUGUUUUUCUCUCAAAACUGUUUUUCUAACCACAAGUAUCUGCAUGGAAAUUGAUGAAUGUUUGGUACUUGCAGACCUUCUAUUUUCACUGAAAUAUUCCACUCAUUUUCUACAAGUCAGAUGCUUACUAUGGGCUUCGUUUGGCCAGACCCACUUUUAUCAGAUGAAAACUUCCUGUGCUCUAUGUUAGAGUGUUUUGCUAGCACGUUUACAGUGCUCUUAUGGGAAAGUUGUUCAUGAGUGCAAAAUGCCAUGAACCGGCGAUCGGGACUGGUGGGAGGGUGCUUUAGAGAGAAGAAAACCCUCUUUGGGUUGAAUGGGUUAAGACUUUGUGCCUGAACAUAUCACCUUUGGCAAAAGUGUCCUUGAGCAAGACACUUUUUUUCUUGAACAGGCCACAGGGAUACUGACUGCUGACCUCUGUGAGGAUAAAGAGUCUCUAAUAUGAGGCCGCAGCGGAGUUCAGCAAUCAUUUAAAUUCAGUUAUUUUAUCUCAAACUUACCACAUUGAAUAAGGAAAAUCAUCAACUUUCGCCAUGUAACAGUUUCCUUGGCAUGUAUUUAAACCUUUAUAGUCUUCAAAUGUUCUCAUACACUACAAGAGUUCACAGCCACCACCGAAUCAGAAGCAUUCACAAGGAUUAUUUUGACGCUGCUCCACACAGUGAUGGUAUUUGAGCUGACAUGAUCACAAGACUAAUUGUCAUCAGAAAAGCAUGGAUUGUACUGAUUUAAAGUGAAUAACACUGAGCUUCUUUCUGUUUGCAAACCCAAAGAUUUUGCUGUAACAUGCACCCAAAGUACUCUGUGAGGAAAGACUCAUGGGUGACACUUAUUACCUGUGUAUGAUUGUAAAUAAAUUGCUAUGCUUGUUCAAUCGAAAAGAUGUUUUCUUACUAUUCACCCAGAUGGGUUUUACUGCUCAGACACUGAAUAGACUGUUUUAGCCACACGGGCAGCCG